AUGAGGGUCUCUUCUCAAUCACAAGCCUUCCUGACCAGGUUGCUCUUCUUGCGAUUUUCAUGCCUAUAUUACGAUCAACUAUCAAUUCAUAUAACCGUCAUCGAAUUCGCAAGCAACCAAAGCGCCCAUAGGCAAGACCUAAAGCAAUUAGCAGAUCCUACACUUCUUGAGACCUUACGCCAGGAUACAGCCGAUUAG